GCCCUCAUCAGUUUCCGGAGCUCGCACCGGGGUGUGAGCAGCUUCGCGCGCGCGGAUCACAUCGAUUAGAUUUGAUCUUUGCGCCGUCUGGGUCCGGAAUCCGUCCCCGCAGCCGCUCCUCGGACUCUCCGACAUACAGGAGGACGCGCGCGUUUCAAUUCUCCUCUUAGAAAGAUCUCCCAUUCAUGAACAGAGACAUUCAGCAUCCCGUCUCCCUGAGGAUGACCCUGUGUUUCCCUAACUCCACCUAUUCUCCUCAAGCUACGGCAGCAUUUUCCAUCGUUAUGACCUCCAUGAUGAUCCUGACCAUCGUGGGGAACAUCCUGGUCAUCAUAGCUGUCCUGAUGUCCCGGUCCCUGAGGGGGCCUCAGAACCUCUUCCUGGUGUCUCUGGCGGCGGCAGAUAUUCUAGUGGCUCUCAUCGUCGUCCCCUUCUCGAUGGCAUACGAGCUGCUGGGCUGCUGGGUGUUCAGCUCUAUUUGGUGUGAAAUCCACAAGGCUUUGGACGUGCUCUUCUGCACCGCAUCCAUCGUGCACCUGUGUGCAAUCGCUCUGGACCGCUACCUGUCCAUCUCUCGGCCCGUGUCCUACGGUACCACGCGUUCGCGAAGACGCAUCAAGUCAGCCAUCGUCAUGGUCUGGCUGAUCGCUGCCGUUGUCUCCUUCCCUCCUCUUCUGUACCUGGAUACGAAGGAUAAAGUCAAAGGCAAGUGCGAGCCGGACGAUAAGCCGUGGUACAUUCUUUACUCCACCAUUGGCUCCUUCUUCGCUCCCUGCGUGAUCAUGAUCCUGGUCUACAUAAGGAUUUAUCAGAUCGCGAAGAGGCACAUGCACUGCCCGCCUGGAGAGAAGCGCAGAUCCUUCUAUGGAGCAGCAACUGACGACACUGAGAUGAAGUCGCUUCCUGAGGAAUCCCAGAAGGACGUCGGUCAAAGAGCUCCAGCUGCACCAGAGCUGUCUCUCACCACGGUCCAUACUGACUGCGCACAGUGGAAUGAUAAGAAACCAGCGGAAAGCCCCACAGAGGGACCCCCUCUGUUCUCAACUGCUGUCCCAAAUGCUGCCAGAGAUCUGCCCAAAGCAGAGGGAGAAGACGCCGUUCACACCUCCAGCUCAGAAUCGGACACUGAGCUGCAAAGCAUCGAGGAAGGGGACCGAGCAGGAGGGGGAGGCAGCCCUAAAGCUCAGGUCCAGAGUCCAACCUGCAGAUACAAAAACACCAUAAAAACAUCAUCUGGCACCAAACUGUUGCCUGAAGAUACGGCAAAAACUCAGGAGACGCCUAUUUCUCGCCACAAAGCCAUGAUAAACCGAGAGAAGAGGUUCACCUUGGUCCUGGCUGUGGUGAUGGGGGUGUUUGUGGUCUGCUGGUUCCCCUUCUUCUUCUCCUACUCUCUGAAGGCGGUGUGUCCUGAGAAAUAUCAGGUCCCCGAUCCUUUGUUCAGGUUCUUUUUCUGGAGCGGCUACUGCAACUCCUGCCUCAACCCGAUCAUCUACACCAUCUUCAACCGUGACUUCCGCACAGCCUUCAAGAGGAUCCUGUUCAGAGACAUGAAGAGCAAAUCCUUCUAGAGAAGUCCUUCUGCUGUCUUUAGCCAUCUUCUUCAGCGUGGAGCCCGGAUCCUUUAUCUUUAAUGUGGUUUAAGAACUCACAGAUCUGGUGUCCCUGAAGAAGAUCGGCUGGACUGCUGUGGAAAGGAAGUCAGGACGUCACAGGAUCUGCGCUCUGUAUCUGCUGUGGACGUUGAUGUUUUUGUGUAAAUGCAUGGAGAGGAGAAGCUGCCUGAGGCUCUGACUGGCGGAGAACAAAUGCCACUAAGUGGCCUCCACCCCAAAUAAAACAGGCACUGAGGGAUCAUGAUCAGAGGAGAUGAGAGCAUCUCCCUCCACGGCCGCUCAGGUGACAGUCAGGACUAGAAAAAGCAGGAGCUCUGGAAAUCAGCAUGAAAACCUGUGAAUGUUGGAGGCUGAUCUCUCCUCCUCUUGUCUCUCCAACUACCAAUAAGUGGGCGUGUUCGGGCUUCAGCUUCAGGUGAGACUGAAACGGAGGUUCCUAAUCAUUCAAGACCUUCAACCUGAGGCCUGAAGCUGCAUUUUGGCUCUUCCAUCCAGAACCUGACUGGUUGUUCUGCUUUGACUGGUGUGAUGAUGGAAUAUUUAAAAUAACAUAUUUUCAUUUUAAGACAGAAACAUUCAGUCAGGCUUGCUAACAAAGGUUUUUUAUGCUUUAUGUGUGAGAAAAUGUUCAUGAAGUCUUUGCUUUCUUUACCAGGAGACUCAAUAAAUGUGAAAAUCAUUGAAAGCAUCCAGUGAAACAAAAAGAAGAAAAAACAUUGAGGAAAGAUAAGGAAGUCAUUUUUUUAUAAUAAUCUUCACCUUCAGCAAAUAAAAGGAAAUAAUGAUUGGCCUGGUAACAAACUUUCCUUAAUCCAUAUUCUCAGAUACAAACAGACUAAAAGUACCAGGAUUUCCUCAGGAUUGUAUCUCCAAACGCGUCAAUCUGAUUCUUCUUCUUUCUAAACAGAUGGACUUUUCCUCAAACAGUUUUAGGAGCAAAUGGAGGCAUUUCAAAGAAACGACAUUAUUGACCUCCAUCUGCUCAUCAGUAAAUGAGGUUCUAAAUGUGUUUAGUGUCACAUCAAUUCAACAUAUGGACAAACGAACAUAGCCUACCAUGUUUUAAUUUCAAAUAGUAUUUUCAAUAUUGAGUAUAAUUGAUUUGUUUUCUUUUAAAAUGAUUUCAUGAUCAUAUGGUCGAUUAGACCGGUCUCAGACAGAUUGAUCCAUCAAUUAAGUCGAUUAACCAUCACACCCCUAAAUAUUAAGAUUUUAAUCAUUACCUGUUUUGGCUGGACACUCCCCUGUGGUCAAGGGCUGUGAUUUUUUUUUUUUUUGGGGGGGGGCUGCUGCAGCUUUAGGUAGAAACAGAGGUGAGGCUGGUCCAUGCUGUUUGCAGCUAACAGACGACUCUUUCCCUUCCUGCAUGAGGCUAGUUUAAGGUAAAAGUUAGUGGAGCCAGGGCGCUUCAUCGCAUAACCACUAGGGGUCGUGUAAAAGCUCCACUCCAUCAUCCUCUGAUAUAUUUUCAAAGUGUUCCCAGUGAUCCUUAGUUAUUCAUUCAUUCAACUUAUGAACCGUUUGUCCAUUCUGGCUCACAGGGCUGCUGGAGCCUAUCCCGGCCACUAGUGGGCGAAGGUGGGGGACACCUGGACAGGUGGGCAGUCUGUCGUAGAUCAUUAGACUUAUAUUUGCCAGAUUCUGAUGUUAUGAUGUCAUUUGAAGAGUUAAAAAUUAAAUAUGAGUUGAGUAAAAAGCAUUUUUAUAAAUUUCUCCAGAUCAGAAACUUUGCAAGAAAAACACAGAAGACCCUCAAUAAACCACAAUGUUCAAUUUUAGAAAAGUUCAUGGUGAGAGACAGUUCCAAAAAAGCGCCAUUUCAGUCAGACAACUCAUGCAGUAAUAAUAAUAUUUAUUUUCACAUCUUUUAGUUUUGCUUUCACAUACUUUGUUAUGCUUUCACAUUCCCUUAAGUUAGCAUUUCACAUUUCUCCAAGUUAGCAAUUUGCAUUCCUCUUAGUUGCCAUUUCACAUUCCUUCAUAAUUGGCAUAAGACUCUGUGCAAUUCCAUGAGACAAAUUUCCAUAAACUUUUGGGUGAUAACUACCCUGUGCUCAGGUCUCUGCACUGGCUCCCUGUACCUCA